AUGGAUGGUCCUGGAGAGAACGCCAGGAAUGACGGCGAGAACGGCGGAGCAGUGAAGGAGGAUGAGGAGGAUAAGCAGUGGACCGACGUGGAUUUGAAGGAAGAACGAGAUGCGAUGCACCAGGAAGGAUCCGCCACUAAAAUUCCGUUGAACGUGGAAAUUUCAGGGGAUGCUGAGGUGGUAGAGCUUCACGCAGCAGGCGUGAAUGUUGCUGCAGCAGAGGCUGAAUCGGACGCUGCAGCUGCAGGACAAGGGCCGGAAGUGGAGAUUCAGCCUGUAACGGAGCAAGACGAACAAGCUGAAGCUCCUUCUGCUGCUGCUCCUGCUGCUCCUGUGGCUGCUACCACCCGUCGUGCUACUGCCCCGACAUCCACCCGUGCUUCGCUCCGACGAACCUCUGCCAGGCUGAAAGCCAGAGGAGGAGCUCCCCCUUCAGGAGCUGCUCGUCCGUCUCUCAUGGCGGCGACGGCAGCUUCUGCUGCCAGAAGUGCGGCCACCAGUGGGUCGAAGGCGGGGCCACGCGAGAAUAAGAGGCAGAAGGUCGACAGGACCCCACAGCAAUGGAAGGCUGCUGCUGCUCAUGGGACUCGCCGGGGGGUGUCAGCGGUACCUGCAGCAGCAGAGCCUCAUCUUACGGUGCCUCAGCCAUUCGUCUUUAACACGGAGAAGAGGCGUGGGUCUCAGAAUGAGAAGAUGAAGGAGGUGAAACCGUUUGUGUCCCUUGCUCAGAGCAUGAGCAUGUUCGGCACCAGGAGCAACCGGUCUUCAGAUGUUGAGUCAGGCUCACAUGCAGGCGGAUCCACUCAUGAAGUGGGUCUUACCGUUCCGGAACCGUUUGACUUCAAGACUGACCGGCGCCUGCGACCAAAGGACGAACAGCUGAAAAAGGAAGCGAAGCCGUUUGUGUCCCUCGCUCAGAGCGUCAGCAUGUUUGGCACCAGGAGUGAUCAUCGAUCGUCAGAGGCAGCGCCAAAAGCAGAUGAGAGUGAGUCUUCUCAUGGGGCAACUCUAACCGAACCUGAGCCGUUUGACUUCAAGACUGACAGGCGCCUGCGACCAAAGGACGAGCAGCUCAAGAAGGAAGCGAAGCCGUUUGUCUCGCUUGCUGAAAGCGUCAGCAUGUUUGGCGCCAGGAGCAGCCGGUCAUCUGAGACCGAGUCACACGCACAUGAGGGCGGGCCUUCCAACGGGGUUACUCUUACCAUUCCUGAACCAUUCGAUCUGAAGACCGACCGGCGUCAGCGACCCAAGGACGAGCAGCUGAAGAAGGAGGCAAAACCGUUUGUGUCCCUCGCACAGGAGCUCAGCUCCUUCUCGGCACACAUGAGGCCGGAGGGCGAGGCUCCUACUGCUCCUUCUGCCGCCUCCUCUGGUGCUGCUUCGAAUGCCCCCCGUGUGACCAAGCCUGUGACACCCAAGCUGCUGACGGCACAGAGGGAGCGGCCGAGGAGGUUCAGGGUGCUGCAGGAAGGGGAGGCCACUGUCACUGGGGUGACGACCCGGUCUGCUUCAAAGAGGGGAGCGACGGCUGCUGGCGCUGGUGGUGCUGGUGGUGGUGUGGCUGGUCCGAGGCUUCCCACAGUACCUUGCUCGCCCAUGCUGACCACCAAGCUGCGAGCACGAGCAGCAAAGGUGAAGAGCAGCGAGGAGAGGGAGCUGGAGGAGAUGGCGAGCGUGGCUAAGCGCGUGCAUACCAGCAAGCACGGCAGCUCAGAGGAACGUGGGCAAGCGAAGCAGCACAAGUUACAGCAGAAGCUGUCAGAAGAGGAGGAGGAGAGGCGCAGGGCAGCCAUUCCCUUGGCAGCGCCCAUGCCAUACACCACCCUCGCCCCGGAGUUCCUGCGCAAGCCGCCCACCAAGCCGGCCACUGAGCUGCACGAGUUUGAGCUAGAGUCGGUGCGGCGGCACCAGAUGGCGCAGCAGCGGCUGGAGGAGGAGGCGCAGAGGAAGGCGCAGGAGGAGGCUGCUCAGAAGCAGUUCCAUGCACAGCCCCUGCCUGACAUGACCAAGCGGCCUGAGUCCCCGAGGCGCGUUCGCGUGCUGACGGAGGUGAAGCCGUUCAACCUGAACAUCGACCGCCAAGCAGAGCACCAUGCAUGCGUCAAGAAAGCGUUUGCUGAGAGGUGUCAGCAGGGGGAAGAGGAGUACGCCAAGAUGCAAGCACGAUGGAAGAAGGAAGAGGAGGAGGAGAUCAAGAGGAUGCGCAAGGGGAUGGUUCACCGUGCUGUUCCCAAACCAUCCUACGGGGAACCCUUUGUUCCAAAACGGUCAGGGAAGCCCUUGACUCAACCAGUGUCCCCUUGUCCAGGCAUAGUGGGUGUGCGGGCAAGUAGGUUGCAGCAGCAGGACAUGUAUUAA